AUGCUCGGGGCAGAGUUAAAAAAAGAAUACAACAAUUCAGAUACCUCCGAGUCGAGUAAUUCUUCUUAUAAGAUUCUGAAAGAGCUUCCCACUGGAACAUAUCCCAGUCAGGCAAAUGGGACAUUGUGGCAGACCGAGACGCAGAUCGAGGUACGCUGGGGCUGGAUUGCACUGCCCGCGGUGUUGACAGUUGCUACCAUCGGGUUCCUCAUCAUGACGAUGGUGACAACCAAGAAUAGCAAGGUGGAUGCGUGGAAGCUGUCCAAUAUGCCAUUUUUCUGCUUUCCGUCGGACCGCGAUAUCCAAGACGAACUUCGCCGUGCACAGGACCCUAUGAGAAUGGAAUAUUUAAGCAGAAAUGUGUUAGUAAAGCUGGUGAAGAGUGAAAAUCAGGAUUGGCAGCUCACGAGACAAUGA